AUGCUGCCGGUAACUGUCUUUCAGCCUAUGCACUACCUCACUUUUGCCUCUCCAAGGACGACGGAGCCGGCACUGUGCAUUGCGGCGUGCAAGCUUAUGGGCGGUGACCGCGGCCAUGCUAUGGCGGCUGCGUCAGCUAUUCAUCUGAUGCCGCGGCGUAUUAUCAUGAGCACCUGCCAAUCACGGGCAGGCCCAGUUACAUACCCAAAAUCCAACACAAAUUCGAGCCCAGUAUUGAGCCUCUUACAUGAGAUGUCAUGGUUCCAUUUGGGCUGGAGCUUUUGUCCAGGUCCAUGGACCUGGCCCAAAAUCACAACCCGGAUAAUAUCCUACGGAUUAUUAUCGAAAUAA